AUGCUGAGGAGUAGGACGAACACACAAGCCGAGAAAGCCAGACCAAAGAGACCAAUUGUUGCAGAUCUCUCGGAGAUCGGAAUAACGAAAAAGAAUCUCAAAAAUGCCACAGACGAGCAACUAUCUUUUGACAAGAAGGAGGUGGACCCACACCCUUACCACGGAGUUAUGGUAAUCUCGUUGCCUGUAGCCGGGGUAACCAUACCCAAAGUCUUGGUGGAUACAGGAAGCUCUCUGAACAUUCUAUUUAGCCACACCCUUAAAUGGAUGGGUAUCCCUGCUAACUUUCUUCAACCAUAUCCACAUAUGGUCCUAGGAUUAAGCGGAGCCUUGACUUCUGCCAAAGGAUCAAUCAAACUCAAAGUUGAGUUUGGAUCAGCACCUCGACAGUUGAAGACGAACUCUGAUUUCGUGGUGUUCGACACCCCCUCUCCUUAUAACGUUGUGAUGGUACAGCCCCUACUCUUCAGCCUGAGAGCAGCUAUUUUCCUAUAUAGCUAUUCUAUCAAGUUCCCCACACCCCAUGGUGUGGGAAAAGUCAGAGAAAACAGGGAGCUCGUCGAAAGAUACCAAUGGAAAACCUGUGCCAGCCAUCAACGAAGCUCCCUGAGGGUACAUAUGGCAAACAUAUGGGAAUCCGAACUCAUUCUCUUAGACCCACAGACCAGGAUCGAAGGCGGAGAACUCGUAGAACAACUAGAAGGAGUUCGAGUCUGUGCCAAAGACAAAACAAAGGAACUCAAAGUCGAGUGCGAGUUGCAGCCCUCCACCCGAAGCAAGAUUGUGGCUUUCCUUAAAGAGAACCUCGAUGUCUUCGCCUGGGAUCACAGUGACAUGAGAGGAAUAGAUCUUAAUAUUGCAUGGCACAAAUUACAGGUGGAUCAUUCAACUCGGCCAAAGUACCAAAAACGACGACCUCUGAAUCAUGAAAGAUAUGAAGAACUCAACAAAGAGGUACAAAAGCUGUUGAACAACGGUUUUGCCCGUGAAGCGAAAUACCCGAAGUGGGUGGCGAAUCCGGUCCUUGUGAAAAAAAACACAACGAAAAUUGGAGGGUAUGCAUAG